AUGAUAUCACAAGAAACAAACAGAACUAUUGUAGUUAUCCAACCAGGAUGCCAGCGUGAAAUAGCAUUAGUUUACCUAGUAUUACUACUGGGUACAGUAUGGAUUGCAUUGAACCUCCUAAACUUUACUAAAACACCAUUCUUAACCGCUACAAAACGUGAAAUGUUAACAGAUUUUGCUCUGCCUAUCUCAGUCAUCACUAUGUCUCUUGUAGGAUCUUUGAUAUUCGGUGACAUAAAAUUAAAACCGUUUGAAGUUCAGCCAUCCGAUUUUAUUUUGAACAAAGCACCGUUAAAUUUGCUAAGUUGGCCCGCUGUACUUGGAUCUAUUGGUAUAGCUAUACCACUAUCAUUAUUAUUUUAUAUGGAGCAAAAUAUAGCUAGUGCUAUCUUGAAUUCCCCGUCAAACCGAUUAAGAAAAGGACCAUCAAAUCAUUGGGAUUUAUUUGUGUUAGCUCUAAUUAAUAUUAUCCUGUCAAUAUUUUGUCUUCCAUGGGUUCAUGCCGCUUUACCUCAUACCCCAUUACAUGUUAAAGCUCUAGCAGAUAUGGAAGAACAUGUGGAUGGUGGGCAUCAUAUCAGACAGACUAUUAUUCGGGUGCGGGAGACGAGACUAACGCUGAUUAUAUCUCACAUACUUAUUGGGUUAUCGCUGGCUAUGAUACCUAUCCCAUUAGUUUAUAUUCCACCACCAGUAUUAAAUGGACUGUUUGUUUACAUGGCUAUAACAGCAUUGCAGGACAAUCAAAUGUUUGAAAGAAUACUGCUAUUCAUCACAGAACAAUCAGCUUAUCCACCAUCACAUUAUAUAAGGCGAGUUCCACAAAGAAAACUUCAUUUGUUUACAUUUUUUCAACUGAUUCAAUUGGGCUUUCUUUGUGCAUUUGGAUUCGCUCCUAGCCCAUAUGUGAAAUUAAUAUUUCCUGUUAUACUUGUCGUACAAAUAGUUUUAAGGCAUACUCUUAUCCCCAAAGCCAUUGAUUCAAAAUACCUUGAGGCGCUGGAUCGUCAUUUUUAG